UCCCAAAGAUCAAUUAAAUUCUGCUCAACCCUGGCUCAACCCAAUCUGUCGUGAAACGUGUUGUCGUAACUAAAUUUACUGGGAAAAUCAUUUCUCUCGUUGCACAGACAAUGGCAUCAUCGGGUGAAGGGGGAAGUGGUGAUAGAAGAGACCAACCCCGUUCUAUGCAGGGUCUGCUGAACUUGGCCAUUGAGGCUGGAGCACCAAACCAGCAAACUUCAGGAGCAGCUCCUACAGAUGCUAUGUCUCAAGAGCGCAGAACAUUUCUGAAUGAGGCUUUAUCACAAUUCACUGUAGACUUUGCAAAACAAAUGACAGAAUAUCUCCAAAUCCUUGCAUCUGAUGAACAUGACCUGGAAGUAAAGAUUCACUCACUAGAUCAACUAACGGAGAUUACAGAGGAUAUCAACAAUGCUCAAGAUUUUCACAAAGUUGGAGGCUACACAUUACUACCAUCCUUGCUCCAACACAAUGAGGCAGACAUUAGAUGGCGCUCUGCAGAUCUCAUUGCAUCCCUAGUUCAAAAUAAUCCAUAUUGUCAAAAAGAGGCUCUGAAUACUGACCUUGACCUAGUGACCUUGUUACUACGGAUACUAGAUGGGGAUGACAAUAACCAAGCAAGAAUCAAAGCACUCUAUGCACUGUCAUGUUUAUGUCGAGAAAAUGAAGAAGCCCUAGAUAUAUUCUCGCAGAAAGAUGGAUUCUCAACAUUAGUGAGGGCCAUGCAAAGUGGCAUCCAACGCUUACAAACCAAGGCAGGCUUCCUACUCAGCUCUCUUCUUAUUUCACAUCCAAAAGUAAAAGAUACAUUAUGUAAUAUUGGAAUGGUCGAUCAAUUAAUAGGACUUUUACAGUCUGAACAUAAUAGUUCACAUGAAUAUCUAAUGGGGGCGCUGCUAGGUCUCAUAUCCCAUCAUGACAAAGCCAUAGAACAGUGCCAGCGGGAACCACUGAAUUUCAAAGAAUUUCUGAUACUGAGAAUAGAUGAAAUAAAACCUUUUGAAGAAUUUCAGGAAGAAAAAGACUAUGCAGAACAACUAUUAAAAAUCUGUUUUGGUAAACAAAAUGCAACUGUGGAUAGGUAACACAGGUUGAAAGAGACUAUGGGAUGCAGUUUCAGUAUGGGACACCAAGCUCUAUGUAUUUUCAAAUACAAAUACAAAUCGGUUCAUAGAGACAUCAGCAUUAGUGGAAUUGAAUGAAGUGUCUUUAGAAUAAAAUGUGCAGCCUAAGUUGGGGAUUUGGGCAUAAAGCACCUGUUCAAUUGUUGAAAUAAAAAAAUUACGGAUACAUAUAGAUUGUUACUCAGUUUUGAAUGGUGGAUGAACUGAAUUCAUCAAAUGUCAUUAACCAUAGCUCACAUGAAAUUAUGUCCACGGUCCACAUUUAUGAUGAAAAUCAUCUUUUGUGAUGAUACAGAAUGUAAGCCUACAUGCUCAAGAUCAUGUAAAAUAAUUGUGACAUGGAAUAGACAGUCCAGGGUCCAGUCCAGCGGGGUUCACUUUGACAACAAAUUCACAUGAAAAUUGAUCAGAAUCAUGAAAAACUGCAUGAUUUUGAAAGAAAUUUUGGCAAGGGGGGUUACCACCUGAACCUCUGGAACCCCACACCCUGUCUAC